AGUUGGCGCGCGCCCCGGCCGCGGCCUGCUUCUCACCCCCCACCCCUGCGGAGGGCGGAGUCACGGUCUGAACGCGGUCUCCGGCCCCCGGAAGCUUCGAGUUCCUUGAGAGCGAGCUCUCGGCGGGGUGUGGGGGGUGAGGCCGGGCCGGCGGCCUUUUGCCUUACGUGCUCCACGUUAGUCAAAUGACUUCCAGUUGUGAGGGUUCAGGGCCUCUACCCCAGGCCAGAGUGCCCUUCUUCCCCUGCCCGGUCGGGGGCUGCGCAGUCUGAAGCUUCUCCCGGGUCAUGAUUGUGUGCGAGGGUAGUGAAGAUUGGGUGACACCUCCCAAAGGUAGGACCCUUGGGGACUCUCAGGGCAGGCCCGUGUUCCGGAUGGCGGCUUUGCUUCUGAGCCUUUAGCAGUGAAGGUAUUGUCGGGGCCAGUCCUUCUCAAAUCACGCUCUCUUGUGAGGCUCGUUGGCACGUGUCUUUACCGUUUCAGAAAAAUGUUCGUUGGUGGCCUGAGCUGGGAUACCAGCAAAAAGGACCUAAAGGAUUACUUUACCAAAUUUGGAGAGGUCGUUGACUGUACAAUAAAAAUGGAUCCCAACACUGGUCGGUCAAGAGGGUUUGGGUUUAUCCUCUUCAAAGACGCAGCCAGCGUGGAGAAGGUCCUAGACCAGAAGGAACACAGGCUGGAUGGCCGUGUCAUUGACCCCAAAAAGGCCAUGGCCAUGAAGAAGGACCCGGUAAAGAAAAUUUUUGUGGGGGGUCUGAAUCCUGAAGCCACUGAGGAGAAGAUCAGGGAGUACUUCCGUGAGUUUGGGGAGAUCGAGGCCAUUGAACUUCCAAUGGAUCCAAAGUUGAACAAAAGACGAGGCUUUGUUUUCAUCACCUUUAAAGAAGAGGAACCUGUGAAGAAAGUUCUGGAGAAAAAGUUCCAUACCAUCAGUGGAAGUAAGUGUGAGAUCAAGGUGGCCCAGCCCAAAGAGGUCUAUCAGCAGCAGCAGUAUGGCUCUGGGGGCCGUGGGAGCCGCAACCGAGGGAACCGAGGCAGCGGCGGCGGCAGUGGAGGUCAGAGUCAGAGUUGGAAUCAGGGCUACGGCAGCUACUGGAACCAGGGCUACGGCUACCAGCAGGGCUACGGGCCCGGCUAUGGCGGCUACGACUACUCGCCCUAUGGCUAUUACGGCUACGGCCCCGGCUACGACUACAGUCAGGGCAGCACAAAUUACGGGAAGAGCCAGCGCCGCGGCGGCCACCAGAACAACUACAAGCCGUACUGAGGCUUCGGCAGGACGCCCGACCGAUCGCACACGCUUGUUUGGAUCUCGAGUGAACACAAUUAUGUACCAAAUUUAACUUGGCAUACUUUCUAUGGCCUGUCCCAUGUGCAUCUUAUUUAAAAUUUCCCCCUUGGAAAUCACUCUCCUGUUGACUAUUUCCAGAGCUCUAGUUGUUGUAGGCAGCGUGUGGGGUCUCCGAGGCCGGAGUGGCGUGAGAGGCUGAUUGUAUUCCCAGGUCCCCCAGAGCCCAGCUGCCGCGCCUGGACCUAUGGACCCUGGUUGUAAAGAGUAAACUGUAUCUUAGGAAACCAGUGUCACCUUUUUUUCACCUUUUAAUUUUAUAUUAUUUGUGUCAUACAUUUCCUGUUAAUGGAAGUGUUAAUUUUACUGUACUUUUUGGUACCUUUUGGGAAUCUAAUGUAUUGUAAGGUAUUUUACACGUGUCCUGAUUUUGCCACGACCUGGAUAUUGAAGCUAUCCAAGCUUUUGAAAUAAAAAUUUAAAAACCCCCAAA